CUCACAUUUCCACCACAAACUUUUUGGUUUCUUUUUUUGGCAAAGAAACCACAAACUUGUGUUCAAAAAAAAAAAAGAAACCACAAACUUUUUUCAAAUUUUAUUUUUCUUGGGGUUAAUCGAAGAUGAGCGGAGACGGUAGAGUUUUCACCUUGGGAGAGGUUUCUAAACACAGUAGUAACCAAGACUGUUGGAUCGUCAUCGACGGCAAGGUCUAUGAUGUGACAAAGUUCUUGGACGACCAUCCUGGUGGUGACGAUGUCAUCUUGACUUCUACAGGGAAAGAUGCUACGGAUGAUUUUGAGGAUGUGGGACACAGUUCCACUGCUAAAGCCAUGCUAGAUGAGUACUAUGUUGGUGAUAUUGACUCUUCCACUGUCCCAACUAAAACCAAGUUUGUUCCUCCUCCCCCUCCAAAGCAGACCGAGUCUAAUCAGAAACAGAGCUCGGAACUUGUCAUUAAGAUACUUCAGUUCCUUGUUCCUCUUCUCAUUUUAGGAUUGGCUCUUGGUAUCCGUUCUUACACCAAGACACCUUCUUCUUGAGGAUGAGGGCUUUGAGUGUUUCCCUCUCUACUACUACCUGGUUACACUCUUUGUCUCUUUUUUUUUAACCUCUGCAUGUUUUGUAACACUUCAGAUAUUAUAUUCACUUUUUUCAACUAAGUGAAUCUGUUGAUGUUAAGAGACCUUUGUAAGUUUAUAACAUACAAACAAGCAUCCUAUGCUAUGC